CACUUGAUUAUUGGACACGAGAGAGAUAACAUAUAAACAGAAUAAAACACAAUUAAAAAUCAAAAGAAUUAAAAGACAUCUUAAACCUAAACAGUGGUAACAACUUCAGAAGUGGGAUAGCAACCUUCUAUGCACCCGCCUACAUCAAUAUUUCGACGUAGCCGACAAUACACACGUUUUUCUUUUCACAAAGUUAAAAUAGCGUGCCCGACCAAUUGGCCAUGAAUAAAUCGGAGAUUGCGGAUUGGCUGAAGGCCAAUGAAAUUGAGUUCCCAACAAGCGCAACGCUUCGACAACUGCGUAAGCUUGCAUUGGACGCCGGUUGCCAAAACGCUAGCGAGAUCAAUAGUACCAGAUCAAUAGUACAUUGGAAGAAGAAGAGGAAGCACUCGACGCUGCAAUAAGGGUGGCCGAGAAGAAGAAGAUACUGGCAAAGUUGAUGCAGAACGACAGCAAGAUGACGGAUGACUUCCAAAUGGCUAAGCAACUCAUGGUUCCGUUCUCCGCCACUAAAAAUGAAGAAGCAUUCCAAUGGAUUUCGGGCUUCGAAAGAGUUUGCAGAGGAGUAAAUGAUAGUACAAUUUUUCAACUUCGCUGUGUCCGAAUGCUGAUGAAACCAGGAACAGAUGCCGACCUGUUCUUGCGUGUUGACCAUUCGAAUUCUACGCUACAUUUAAAGAAAGUUUUCUCAAGACAUUUGGCCAUGGAAAUUCAACAGCCGAUAUCGUAUUGCUUCUGAAGGAUACCAUCUUUAAUCCUAACAAGAACACCGUCAUGGGCUACAUACUUCAAAUGGAGGAAAUUGCUAUGCGUGCAGAUAUUGAUGAAAAGUUAGCAGUACAAUUCAUAAUUGACGGUUUUCGAGAUCGGUCAUCCAAUAUCGCGCUAUUGUACUCAGCAACCACAAUUGGACAAUUGAAGGAGAUGGCUCGGAAAUAUGAAAAUCUACGGAAGGUUCCCAAAACGUCGACCAUUCGCACGGGAAUCGCUUUCGCUGGAGAAAGAGGUCAAAUACGCUGCUUUAAUUGUUCGGCACAUGGACACUACGCUUCAUCUUGUACUGCACCAAAGCGCGAGAAAGGAUCCUGUUUCCGUUGUGGAUCCCUUCAGCAUAGGAUCAAGGAUUGUCAACAGCAGCCGAAAACUAAUCCGAGAGUCGUGGGAGCAACCAACAACCAGUUGAUACGAGAUGAGGAGGAGAACAAUACGUUUAUUCCUAUAUUUAACCAGCGCCGUUAAUUUAAUCCAGCGCACAGCGAUACCAUUUAAAAAGUUUAAUGACGUAUUGAGCCCAACAGAAUAUUGCGGUGUAAAUGGAUCUCGAAUAAAUACAUUUGGAAAAAUUUUUGUUAAACUUAAUUUUCAAAACAUAGAAGAAGAAAUAUCAUUUUUUGUUGUACCCGACAAUUAUGUAGCAACUCAUGUUC